UUCCCCUCAAACCCUACCGGUGUUUCUGCCCGCAGGAACAUCCCGAAGCGGUAAAGAUGGUGAAAGUCGGAGUCAAUGGAUUUGGCCGUAUCGGCCGCCUGGUUACCCGGGCUGCCGUCCUCUCUGGCAAAGUCCAAGUGGUGGCCAUCAACGAUCCCUUCAUUGAUCUGAACUACAUGGUUUACAUGUUCAAAUAUGACUCUACUCAUGGCCACUUCAGGGGCACUGUCAAGGCUGAGAAUGGGAAACUUGUUAUCAAUGGGAAUGCUAUCACCAUUUUCCAGGAGCGUGACCCCAGCAACAUCAAGUGGGCAGAUGCUGGUGCUGAAUAUGUUGUGGAGUCUACUGGUGUCUUCACCACCAUGGAGAAGGCUGGGGCUCACCUGAAGGGUGGUGCAAAGCGUGUGAUCAUCUCUGCCCCCUCUGCUGAUGCUCCCAUGUUCGUGAUGGGUGUCAACCAUGAGAAGUAUGACAAGUCUCUGAAAAUUGUCAGCAAUGCUUCCUGCACUACUAACUGCCUGGCGCCCUUGGCCAAGGUCAUCCAUGACAACUUCGGCAUUGUGGAGGGUCUCAUGACCACUGUCCAUGCCAUCACAGCCACACAGAAGACAGUGGACGGGCCCUCUGGGAAGCUUUGGAGAGAUGGCAGAGGUGCUGCUCAGAACAUUAUCCCAGCAUCUACUGGAGCUGCUAAGGCUGUGGGAAAAGUCAUUCCUGAGCUCAAUGGGAAACUUACUGGAAUGGCUUUCCGUGUGCCAACCCCUAAUGUCUCUGUUGUGGACCUGACCUGCCGUCUGGAGAAGCCAGCCAAGUACGAUGACAUCAAGAGGGUAGUGAAGGCUGCUGCUGAUGGGCCCCUGAAGGGCAUCCUGGCAUACACAGAGGACCAGGUUGUCUCCUGUGACUUCAAUGGUGAUAGCCAUUCCUCCACCUUUGAUGCGGGUGCUGGCAUUGCACUGAACGACCAUUUUGUCAAGCUGGUUUCCUGGUAUGAUAAUGAAUAUGGAUACAGCAACCGUGUUGUGGACUUGAUGGUCCACAUGGCAUCCCAGGAGUAAGCUGAGCACACAGCCCCCCCUGCUGCCUAGGGAAGCAGGACUCUCCUUUGUUGGAGCCCCUGCCCUUGUUCACCACCGCUUAGCUCUGCAUCCUGCAGUGAGAGGCCAGUUCUGUUCCCUUGUCUCCCCCACUCCUCCAACUUCUCCCCGAGCCUGGGGGAGGUGGAGAGGCUGAUAGAAACUGAUCUGUUUGUGUACCACCUUACAUCAAUAAAAGUGAUCACCAUCUGACAA